AUGAAUCCUCAUCAACAGAACAAGGUUGACAUCAGUUCCCUCAACCCAGAUGAGCAGCGUCUGCUGCGUCUUUAUGGCAAAAUGCCAAACAAGAAGGAUCUCCUCCAAAACAAACUCAAGGAACGGAAAUAUUUCGAUUCAGGUGACUACGCCCUCAGCAAGGCCGGAAAAGCCUCAGACGUCGGUGUCACCAACAUUGGCUCCCAGCACCCCGUCCCCGAAAACAUUCCGCACCUGACGGCCACUUCGCCCGGCGCCAAUAACCCCGCCGCCGCCAGCAACGGUGGCAGUGCCAGUUCCCAGGGCCAGCAGGUCCCGGGAAGCAGCAUCAGCGGCCACCCCGGCUCCAUUGGGUUUCAAGGCAGAAGCCCUGCUAAGGAAGGCAGCUUCUUGCAACAGGAAACCAGCGCAGAGGAUUCCGAGGGCGCCAGAGACUCCGCAGCUGCAAAGGACAAGGACGCGCAUGAAUCCAGUGUCAGUCCACCGCCAGCACGAGAGGGCGUGCCCAUCAAGCAAUAG